AUGACUAAUAAGAUAUACAUUCCAUUUUUUACAAUAGUCACUACGUACUUAUCGUAUUUUAUAGUGAUUGUAUUGGGGCAUGCGCGAGACUUUAUUGGGCAGAUGCUAUUCCCCAAGCUAUACAAGCACAUGUUUCCCAGCAAUGGAAGGCUUCCUCUCUUUACAACUUCUGGAAGCUUUUACACACGGCGUCUUUACGGCAGACUGAACGAUUGUUGGAAUAGGCCAAUUACAGGGAUUCCUGGGCGAAAUGUAAAGGUGCUCCUGCGCACUCGGGAUAGAGAUGGAGAAAUGAAACUAGCAGGUGAGUCAAAAAUGUGCUUAAAUUUAGGAUCGUAUAACUAUCUGGGGUAUGCAGGAAUGUAUAAUGAAGAGGCAAAAAAGGCAUUGCUAAAGUACCCUGUUGCAUAUUGUGGGCCUGUCAAGUUUCUUCCGCCGUGCCCUUUAGUUAAGCAGCUAGAGAAGGAAAUAGCAGCUUUUUUGUACAAAGAAGAUGCAAUUGUCUUCCCUAUGGGAUUUGCAACAAAUGCAUGCACUAUUCCGUAUUUAGUAAACAAAGGUGAUUUGAUCAUAGCAGACUCUCUUAACCACUCGAGUAUAUUCUUUGGUACGCGUAUUAGUCCAUGCAAGGUAGAAAGAUUCGGGCACAAUGACAUAAAUAUGCUCGAAAAGAUUAUUAGAAAAGCAAUAAUUGAAGGGCAGGACAGAACGCACCGGCCUAUAGGAAGGAUUCUUGUGAUUGUAGAGGGAAUAUAUUCUAUGGAAGGCGAGUGUGUAAAGCUAAAGGAAAUUCUUGCACUAAAAGAAAAGUAUCCUUUCUAUCUGUUCAUAGACGAGGCACACUCUAUUGGUGCAAUGGGUAAAACCGGCCGUGGCGUAUGCGAGUAUUUAGAUGUGGACUUUAAUAAGAUUGACCUUCUUAUGGGAACAUUUACAAAAAGCUUUGGUGCAGCAGGUGGAUACAUUGCAGCAAAUAAAAAUAUCAUAAACUUGCUUAGGAAGAGAUCCGAAUUAAUAAAUAGAGGAGAGCAAAUGCCUCCUGUGGUGGCCACACAAAUACUUGAGUGCUUGAAAAGAAUGCAAACAAAAGAGGGAAAGCGAGAAAUACAGAAGCUUGCAGAUAAAUCUAGGUACUUUAGAAAAGAACUGCACCGCAUGGGGUUUAUUGUUAUCGGAGAGAAAGACUGCCCGGUUGUGCCUUUAAUGUUGUAUAACCCAGGGAAGAUAGCCGAAUUUUCUAGAAUGUGUCUGAAAGAGAAUAUUGCGGUUGUUGUUGUUGGGUAUCCUGCUACACCAGUUAUAAGCAGUCGUGUGCGAUUUUGUCUCUCAGUUGCACAUACAAAAGAAGAUUUAAACCGAGCUCUUUUUGUAAUUGAUAGGAUAGGCGACUUGCUAGGCUUAAAAAUGGCUAGGUCUAAAGCAUCAUAGUCCAAGUGCUGUAGACUGUGCUAUAUAAUUCUUCAGUUAUAAUUUGUAUAUGAUGAUAAGUGUGGUCUUAAAUAGGCUAAUAAUGUAUAUUAGUAUGCACAAGAUGCCAAAUCUAUACAGUGUGUUAAUAGUGCAUUAGUUAAAUCUAUAUGUCUAUGAAUUGUAUAGAAUUUAAUAAAUGACCAGUUUUAGAAACAAAGUAAACCUUCCUUUAAGUAGAAAUAUAGUUGAGUUUAUCUGGGUUGCCAUGGUUUAUAGCGAG